CGACAGCAUCUCCUCAACUGACGACCAACGCUGACCAUGUCCGCCCCGCAAGAGGUCAUCCUCUCCACCUCUUCCCUCUCGCCCUACCCGUUCCAGCCGAGCGCAUCGAGCAAACCCACCACCUCGACCUCGACAAACACGCAGACCAACUCGCCCUCCUCGAUCACCCUGCACGACCUUCAAUCUAGCACCCAGAUCCACUCGUUCAAACCGUCAAAUUGUCUCUCGAACAAUGUCGGCGUUGUGCCGAGUCGCCAGGGUCAGGGUGGAGGCGUGUUCGUCAGUCAGGAGAACAAGGCGUUGUUGUGUUUCUGGGCAUGGCAGAAGGACCAAAUUCAAUCACGAAUUCACUUGCCGGAGAAGCUCUCGUGCUUUACCGUCUCGCCAAACGGCCUGUGGGCAGCAGGAGGUAGUUCGACGGGUCAUCUUUAUCUUUGGGAGAUCGCAUCCGGCCUCCUCCUCUCCUCCUUCGAUGCCCACUACCGAUCCAUCCUCACCCUAACCUUCUCCCCAACCUCCCAACUCCUCAUCUCGUCCUCCGAAGACUCGUCGACGUUCGUCUGGAGCGUGACCCGGCUAGUGGACAACGACCCCAGGUUGAUGAACGCCCUGCCUGAACCGUGGGGAGCGCUCGAGGGGCAUAGUCUGGCCGUGGUUUGCGUCGGUGUAGGGAAGGGUGGUGGACCGGCCGGUGUGGAGGGGAGAGUAUGGACGGGUAGUAUGGAUGGGACCGUCAAGAUCUGGGCCCACAAUCCCCCGACGCUGUUAACGACCUUCAAACUACCUCCAUCGCAAUUCCCCACAGCGCUCACUAUCGAUCCGCUCGAACGUUCUUUCCACAUCGGCACCCAGACAGGCGACAUCCACCACGUCAGGCUGUACCGUCGGAGAAGAGAGAUCGGAAGGAGAGAAGAGGACGAGGCGGUCUAUGGUAAUCAGGCCGUUGCGGAUGCAAGCGUCGCCGUGGGUGGGGGUGGGGUGGGUGGCGAAGAGAUCUUGGUGGUCGAUGGUGAAGCGAGGGAGAAGGGCAAGGGGUCAAUAUCAUUAGGCGUACCCAUCACGACCCUCGCCCUCUCGUCAACACAAGCGCAACUCGUAUCAGGUACAGCGAGUGGACAGAUCCAUGUCCACGCCCUUCCAUCGCAUCAACACCUUCGAACCAUCAACACUCAUGCCGGAUCCGCCAUCACCCACCUCAGCAUCAUCUCCCGCCCACCCGACCUCGUCGGUCAUCUAUCAUUAGGAAACUACGCCGAGAUGGGGACCAAGGAGGAAGGAUGGCCCGUCAUUGAGGUGAAACCUUUCGAACGGAUGAGGGUGGGCAAAAAGGAACGAGACGAGCAAGAGGUCGGGAUCUUGUUGGGCCAAAAGAGCCAAUUCGACGUGCUCGACGAGUUUGAUAUCGACGACGACGACGCUUCGGAGGAAUACGCUUGGACACGGCCGACCGGGUCAAACGGGGCGCAAGGGACGGGUAACGGGGAGGAACAACAAGGCAAGAUCGAUGAUCUACAAGCCGAGGUGGUCAAACUUCAGGCGCAGUUGAAACGGGCCAAGGAGAUCAACGACGAGAUGUGGAAGGGCGUCGUCAAGCGGUCAUUUGACGUCGAGUCGGCGGGACCGAAGGGGGGCGACGUCGAGAUGGAGUAGUUGGCCAUUACAUGUGUACACGUGUUUUAUAGCAGUAUCGACCGAUGGUCCGUCGUAUCCCAUGGGCUCUCGUGGCCAGCUGGCACGAGCAUGUCGUCCAGCAACAUAAACAAUAGUCGCCUGUGGCCUAGC